AUGGUGCUCGUUCUCGUCACCGGAGACUUGCACAUCCCUCACCGGUGUCAUGACUUGCCGGCCAAGUUCAAGAAGCUGCUCGUGCCAGGCAAGAUCCAGCAGAUACUCCUAACGGGCAAUGUGUGCGAUAGAGAGACGCUAGACUACCUCAGGAGCGUAGCGCCAGACGUACGAGCCGUGCGCGGUGAUUGGGACGAGAAUCCAAGUUGGCCUCAAUCGCUGAUUGUGCAGCAUGGCAACCUUAGGCUAGGCGUCAUACACGGACAUCAGUGCGUACCACUAGGAGACACAGAGUCCUUGUCUGCCAUUGCGCGCAAGAUGGACGUCGACGUCAUGAUCUCUGGCGCAACUCACAGGUUCGAAGCAUUCGAAUUCGAUCAUCGGUUCUUUGUCAAUCCGGGCUCAGCGACGGGCGCCUUCAUGCCAUGUUUCGGCUCCAGUGCGAAAGCGAAACCCGCGCAAGACAAGACUGACGAGCCAGAAGCGGACUCGACAGGGAACGAACCUGCCGUCGCCCUCGACCCAACGCCAUCGUUCACGCUGCUCGAUAUACAAGGCAACGUCGUCGUCGUGUACGUCUAUCAGCUGGUGUCGGGCGAAGUCAAGGCAAAAGAGAUGCGGAGAACCCAUAUAAUGAUGCGGUACACGAGAAGCCAAAUUACCACGACAAUGAGCUACUCUGUCAUGCGCGUUACAGCCGAAAGCGGACGAUUUUGCGGUUCUGAGUAG